UUGAUGCUUGGACUCGUUGGGCAACGGCUCAUCAAUCUAGGAACAUCAAGACUGAACUGACUAGGUUAGUUUAUACCAUUUGGGUGAAUAGAGUGUUUAGAUUAAUGAAUAUCACUUCUUGAUAAAAAAAGUGUACAUAAAAAUAUUAAAAUAAUUGUGUGCAAUGUAUACAUUUUUGACAGAAGGAAAUUCUAAUUUUUCUUUUUUUUUGUGAGAUUGGAGAAUUUUUCAAAUUAAAAAAUAUUCUAACUAAAUUUUGAGAGAAACCGACGAGUCCUCCUAAUUUUACUGAUCUUUCCAUUUCGUGGGUACGUGUUACAUACACACACUUACUCAAAAAUCCAACACAUGUUACAGGAUAGAAUAAAGCUGUUAUUUAAUAAAGAAGAGAAAAGAAAAAAAAAAAAAAAAACCUCUGUUUUCUUCUCUCUUGUUUUGGUAACUGUUUUCUUCUCUUUCUCAUUGCCACAUUUCAUUUGGCAUAUAAAGUUUAAUGAUCGAGUCUUAGUUUUAUCAUCAUGGAUAUGAAAAGAGUCAAAGAGAAUGAUGGAACAAAGCAAUGGAAGUCCAUCAUGUCCACUGAUCGAAUAUCUGAGUUACCUGAUGCUGUUGCUCUUCACAUAUUAUCAUUUCUUCCCACCAUUUUCGUGGUUAGGAUGAGUAUGGUUUCCAAGCGAUGGAGACACAUGUGGACUUUAAUUCACGUGCUAGACUUUUACGACAGAAGAGAUCUUGAAUAUCUUAGAAAACCCAACAAUAACAGGGACCGGAACAAGUUCUUUAAGCUUGUAACCAAUUGUUUGAAAAACCCUUUUCAAGGUACAACCAUUACUAAAUUCAAGCUUCACGUAGAUUUCUAUGGAGGCCAUAAUCGAAUCGAUCGUUGGUUAAGAUUUCCCUUACAAAAAGGAGUUAAGGAACUUGACAUUAGUGUCAGCCCAACAACAUCAAUAUACAGCACCUUAUCACAUGAUUUACUCUGCCUAACAACAUUAACUGCUCUCAAAUUGGGUGGCUUACAUUUGAAGAUAGACUCUCCUCCUACAUUUUUAGUAAGCCUUCCAUCUUUGUUAGUGUUGGAAUUUGUAAAUGUAGUAACGUAUGAUCAAACUUUGAACAACCUACUUCUAGGAUGUCCUUGUCUCGAGAAGCUUAAGUUAAACUGUUUUGGUUUGCAACAACCUCAAGUUGUAAGUUCGAGUCUGAAAUCCCUGGAAUUCUUUCAAUUAGGGGCUGUUCAAACAGUCAAAGUUGAAGCUAAGAAUCUUCAUUCUUUCGUUUACUACGGAUACAGUGGCAGUUGCAAUAUCAAUCUGACUGGCUGUGCUUUGAUUAGAAACCUCAAGUUCACUAAAGCUUGGUUAUUGACUGAUCAUUGGUUUGAGCAAUUGGUACCUCAACUUUCUCACCUAGAGAGUUUGACUUUACAUGAUUGCUAUGGGGUUUAUGUCAAAAUCACCAACCAACAGUUGAAAGAGAUUUAUAUCAAGGACUCUGGUUGGCGUUUUGAUUUGCUGGAAGCUAUAAUUAAUACCCCAAAUUUAGUAUCCUUUCGCUACAAUGGUGGUAGUUCAUUGCAUAAAAUCUCCAUCAAUGCCCCGGGUUUAGCUUCCUUCCGCUACGCUAGCAAAUCAAUAAGUCUAAUUUCCAUGAAUGCAACAAAUCUUUUGAAUGUUGAUAUUGUACUUCGUGGAGGCCUUGAGAAGAAGACUUUUGAUAAUAAGUGGUACAACAGUUUAAUAGUUUUUCUUUCAGAACUCAAUGGUACAAAGAAAAUGACCAUAUUUUCUGGCUAUGAAAAGGCUAUCAUAAUUCCAAACGAGUUAAGAGCGACCUGUCCUCCUCCUUUGCCUGAUGUGAAGCAUUUGAUGGUAACGACUGUUCGGUUGUUUAGAAAGUUGAUGAUUAGGAAAUCCAUGUUAUGGGCUGCACCAUCUUUAGAGACAUUAUCAAUAGUGUAAUUUUUUUUUUCCUUUUUUAUGUAGUCAUAAGUUUCCUUAUGUAAUCAAAAAAUAUUUUUUGUUACGGCUAUGAGAACUACAUUAUGUUUAUACUUUCCCUUUGUUAGUCUUUUUUUUUUGGAAUGUUAUAUAUACUUCUACUUGCAACUAGUUUAUACUUCCCCUGGUUUGUUCUUUUUCCUAUAAUAUAACCAUUGUUAUACUUGAUUAACUUUACCUUGAAAUUAUAAUUAGCAUGCUCCUAAUUUAACUUGCAAAACUAGUAUUCAUGCGCGCACUAUUGAACCCUGAAAAAAUUGUAAAGUCUCCUUUUUUAUUGGUCUAUUUUGUUAUUAAACAAUUGAGCAUGUGCUUAUUGGUGUUGCCUAGUACAUAUAUGGAGAAUUUGAACAGCUUGAACCAAAAAAACAUUAUUUUGGGGCAUCAUUGAUUUGUAGCACCACAACUAAUACGACAAUGGGACUUACUCUGAGAUUUACUAAGGUUACUUGAAGUCUUCAAUUUUAUAUGCCUUAGCGUUUUAAGUCUACAAAAUUUCAUAAUUAAUAGGAGCCACCAAAUCGUGCAAAUUAUAUGUCAUGUAUAGUUGUGUGUUUAGUGGAAAGCAAAAUUAAUAUAGCAUUAAUUUUCUUUUAUUGAGGAAGGGAAAAGAAAAAUAGCAAAUGCAAAAAUAGAGUACUGACGAACACUUUCAACAGGUGAAGUCCCAAAAUGAAAGUUUACGGUCCUUUUGUUUUCCUCUAGAAAAGAAAUCACAUUCUUGAGCUUCAAUUUUGGGGCAUUGGCUUGGAAAUGAUGGCUUAUAAAUAUUGUAACUAUUGUUUGACACCUGUACAUUGUAUUACUUACGGAAGAACAAGAGCUAGAGAGAGAAUUCUCUGUAUUAUUGAUGACUAAUAUAUAUUUUUAUUAAAUCAAUAUAUCAAUAUCAAUCAAUCAUCAAUCUAUAUAUAUAAAGAAAUGUUCAACAAAGGCUAUAUGGCAUCUUAAAUUUUUUUAGCCUAACUUAUCUAUUUUAU